AUGUAUAGCGGCGGACUAUUUUUGAUCCUUUUUAUCCCAUGCCAAAUGCUCGGAUCUCAGAGCCAGGAGUGUGAGAGCAGGCAGGACAUCCAGAGCACUCUACAACAUGUUCAUAAGCUGCUCUCAGUGCACGAGACCUCCUUCUUACAGAGUGUACGCAGCCUGCGCAAGAAACUCAACCUGCUAUACAACAGCACAGUCAAACACAGCAGCAACUUCAGCACAGACAAGAACAGCACACAAAUAUGUCUGCCUCCAAACCCACCAGCCAACGGCAGGAUGCUGGGCCAAGUGUUCAGAGUGGGCCAUGAAGUUCACUUCCUCUGCAACCCUGGUUUCCAGCUGACCGGGCCAGAGACUAGGGAGUGUCUGGAUUCCCUCAGAUGGAGUGGAGAAGAGCCAAACUGCCAGAGGGCAGAUGAUGGACCACACGAUAACACCACUUCCUCUUUUCUAUCCACCUCCGCCUACGUGCGUCCCUCCCGCUGUAUAAAGUUCCGAGGCUCGACGCACUGCACGUGUCAGCAAGGCUACAGCAUCUCCAGCCAGGACAGUGGUUUAUGCACAGACAUGGAUGAAUGCGAGCUCUUCCCUAAGUCCCAACCGGGCCGUCUAUGUUUGCACACGUGCGUGAACACGGCUGGGAGCUUCUACUGCCAAUGUCCCUCUGGCUACGCCGUCAGCAAAGACACCAGGGGCUGCCAAGAUAUUGACGAGUGUGAGACAGGAGCUCACAAUUGUACCAAAGAUCACGUGUGUGUGAACACAUUUGGAGGUCACAGAUGCGUGUCUGUCGAAUGCCCUCCCUUCCGCAAUGCCUCCUACAUCAAGACCUCGCCUCUGCAAUGUGAGCGUAACCCGUGUGUCCAGGGGAACAAAGCUUGUCUCCAGGCUCCUGUCUCCAUCAGCUUUCACUUCAUGUCAGUGGUGUCCAACAUGAGCACACCCCGCCUCCUGUUCCGGGUUUCUGCGGCCCGUCUUCUGGGAGACGCCCUGCGCUUUGGGCUGCUGAGAAAUCGGGGCAUGGGGCAUUUUACCGUUCAGCGCUCGAGCAAACAGAGUGGGGAUCUGCUGCUGGUGGAGUCGGUGGAAGGUCCCGCUACGCUGGAAGCUGAGGUGGAGAUGAGCGAGCUGGAGAGGAGAACACUGCUGGGAAGAUAUGUUACAAAGAUUACACUCUUCGUGUCUCCAUACAGCUUCUAAAACCCAGAGUAAAGAGGAAACAGACUGGAGAAUAAAGUGAACACCACAGGAACUAAAAUGUAGUAACAGAUUUUCAGUCCAGACAAAUCAAAACUCUUUAUUUGGAUUUUCUUUUCUUAUGCAUUUUUUUAUGCAUUAAAUUUGACGAGCUAGCGUUAUAUCAUACUCGUGUGUAUUUCAUCUCACUUUAAAAAUCCUUCACAUUAUUCUGAACUACCAUAAAAUCAAUCACAGACAUCCUGUGGAAGGAGAAGCAGUGUCUCCACAGACAGACGGGCUGAAAAGAAAUGUUUCCCACCAAAAAAUAUGUUUCACCCUAAUGACAGAAUGCCAAGGCAGGACCUCACAGACCUGUAACUCAAUGCACAUCAUUUAACUGUGUGCAGCUAUAAAAAGUGUUCAAACACAGAAGUGGCGCUCUCUCACACACACACACAAACUCAGACAGACACACUCAGAGACACAAACUCCGACACAAACACAGACAGAUAGAGACAGACACACACAAACACAGACAGACAGACACAGAGAGACACACAGAAACACAAACAGAUACAGACGAACACAGAGACAGACGGACACAGACACUCAAGACACAAACACCGACAGAUAUACAGACAGACACA